AAUGUGGAAAAUGUGUUGACUGCUGAGGGAACUGGGCUUGUCACUGCGCUCAGGGUUCUCUAUCACAUUGCCAGCCCCCCUCCUGCUGUUGAAGGUCAGCAGAGGGAUCUUAAGUGGAGCCUCGCAGGGGUCCAGCUGUUCUCAGGCGAGGGUCUGGAUACGUGUGUGCGCGUCCUGCAGAAGCUGUGCAGCGUGUUGCUGCAGCCAUGGCGUGUACACGGACACAUGGGCCCCACGCCGCAACGCUGCAUGAUCCUCAGUAUAUGCAUCAGCACACUCAGGUUGUUGCGCACCAUGUUGACAGAGCUCCUCCGUCGAGGAGCUUUUCAGUUCAGGGACACUCGUGUUGCCAGUGUGUUGGUGACGCUCCACAUGAUUGUUUGCUCCAUCCCUGCGUCUGGACGUCUGGACGGGGAGGAGACCAGAGUGCAGGCUUUAAUUGUGGAUGUGCUGCUCACCUUCACACAGGGUGUCAAUGAGGAGGUCACUCAUACUGAAGAGACUCUGGCCAGUAACACUUGGUCGCUGAUGCUGAAGGAGGUGUUGGGCUCCCUGCUCAAAGCUCCUGAAGGUCUGUUCUCUGGUCUCACGCUGCUGUCUGAGCUCCUGCCUCUCCCACUUCCAAUGCAGAGCACUCAGGUGAUAUCAGUCCAAGAUGUGGCUGUAGCCUUAAACACAAGGAAGCUGUGGAGCAUGCACAUACGGGCGCAGUGGAAAGUGUUUUCUGAGACGCUGAGGUGUGUGUGUGGAACUACAUGCCCUCCUCUCUUAGCCAUGCUGAGGAGAGUGUGCGUUCAACUGGCAGAUCUGUCUUCACCCACUGCGACGCUCAUCAUGAAGUCCCUGGUGGAGCUGCUGCUGGAGGAGCUGCAGCCAGUGGAGGGGAAAGGUGUGUGCUGGGCCCAGGCCCUCCGUCUGCUUUCUUUGAUGGAUGCCCUGGUGUCACAGAGAGCUUGUAAGAGUGCAGCAUUACACCUUCUCUCUGGGUCUGUGUCUGGAGAUGAACAACUGGCCGAUCUGUUCCCUUUGCUUCUGCCACUGUUGGUUCCUCCCACCGACCACUGCUUACAACAGCAGCAGUGCAGCGAGCUAGUGGGGACAAUAUUACAGUCACUGUGUGACCAAGACAUUUCUUUGGUGGUAUCUCCACCUGGUGACAGCUGUGUGUCUGAGGUCGAGCAGCUGGCCAAUGCACUUCCGGGGCGAGAGAUGAUGUCAUCAGUGUGCAAUGCCUUGUUAGAGGUUUUGGGGAAUGCAGAGAGCAGCGUCCCUCUCCUCCUCACCUGUAUCAGGACUUUGACAUUCUUCACUGAGCACGACUAUGGACUUUACCACUUCAAAGUUGCUCUGAAGAAACAUGGUGCGGCUCUGUGCUCGCUGUUGAAGAGGCUGGUGUUUGCAUUUAACAAGGACUCAUCAGAUCUGCUCUCAGCUCUGCUGGACUUCCUCAGACAGAUUCUCAACACAGAUGCAAUGUGUGUUGAGGAGGCUCAGGGGUCUGGUGAGGAGUCUUCCUUCUCUCAUCCACGGUUUCUGUCAGGCUCUGAGAUGAAAGCUCUGCUGCAGUGGGAGGAGUCUGAGUCACAUCCACUCCCGACUUUAGAGAAACAGAUUACGAAACUUUCUAAAGAAGAUGAAUCACUGGAGGCCAUGUUGGAAAAUGUGAUUGUUCUGAGGCAGACACUGGAGACGGCCACCGACACACCUCCAGCUGCUGAUACUGAGCCCACUCUGCCGGCUCCUGAGACACUCGGGGCCCAAUUUAACCACAGGACUGUGUUCAUUCUGUCAGAAGCUCUGGAUGAGCAGCUGAAGGCUCUGUGGUUCUCUCCCUUCCAAACUGAUGACAUAGAAACAGACCUUGACAUGGUGAAGGUGGAUCUGGUGGGACUGGCUCAGGAGUGUUGUCCAGAACUGGACCUGAAGGCAGAGCUGGAGCGCUCCUUCCUGUCUGAGCCGUCUUCUCCUGGUCACACCAAGGCUACAAAAGGCUUCAGACUGGGCAAACACAAGCACGAGACGUUCAUCACAUCAAGCGGUAAAUCAGAUUACAUCGAGCCUGCUAAACGAGCCCACAUCAUGGCUGCUCCACGUGGCCGCGGAGGUCGAGGAGGGUUCGGACAAAAUCUCUGCCGACCCCACGAUAUCUUCCGCCAGCGCAAACAGAACACUUCCCGUCCUCCCAGUAUGCACGUGGAUGACUUUGUGGCGGCAGAGUUUAAGGACAUUACGCCUCUUGGGCUUUUGCCUCCAAAACGGCUGCCCAAGAGUUCACCCAAACCCCCCACCAGAGGACUGUUCACAGGCAACAGAGGCAGAGCCACCUUCCACAGCCAGACUCGCUUUUUCACUCCACCACAACCGAAAGGUGUCCUGCUAUCUGGUAACUAUACUAGAAGAGAAGGAGGCAGAGGAUCGUCUUGGAGUGGCCAAGUUCCAGCCAUCACUCACAGAGGAACCUACAGCGAGCCCCGGGGAGGCCAGAGCAACUUCACACGUGGACCGCUGCCUUCCAGACAACCGCCAGCAAGUGCGUAUCGCCUGGCUCCUCGGGACCGAGCUCCGCGGGGAAGAGGAGGCACUGGCCUGUCGUGGCUUAGUGGAGGUGGAGGUGGCGGCAGUGCCGGAGGAGGAGGCGGGGGAGGAGGAGGGGGGAGAGGCUCUCAGGGGAGCAAGUUUAGUGGCGGAGGAGGGAGCGGAGGUGGGAGGGGCAGGCAUGUUCGCUCCUUUACCAGGUAAAUUCACCUGGGCAAUGACUGCAGCCUUUCGUGGCAACAAAUGGACCAAUCAGGAUAUCUUGUAUACUGUCUCCAUGGAAACAUGGAGGGACGAUGUUGUCACAAUGACGUACAGACUGUGUUGAUGUUUUAUGUUUUGUUAUCAUGAGUUGUGUUGAGAGAAUAAAGGUGAUCGUAAAUGA